GAGCCCGCGCCGCAGCGGCGCCACAGCCACGCCCGCUUCUCCACCGGCUGCGAGGGACUGCACGCGCAGCCGCCGCCGCCGCCGGGCGGGGUGCCGGAGCUGCUGCAGCCCAACCCCUCGCGCCGCUCCAUGCUGGCGCUCAUGCCCAGCUGGUCACACCGGUCGCUGGAUGCGGCGGGGGGCGGAGGAGGAGGCGGGGGAGGCGGGGGAGGCGGGGGAGGCGGAGGCGGCGGAGGAGGCGGGGGAGGCGGAGGGGUGCGGGGCCUCAGCGCUACGCCACAGGGCCGCGAACGCAACUUGACCAACCCCAACACGGGCGCCGGCGACGGCGGCGGCGGCGGCACCGGCACCGGCGGUGGCACCGGCACCGGCGGCGGCGGCGGCCCCACGCAGCGGACCCUGAUGCGACCCCACCACCACGUGCUGGCCGCUCCUGGCGAGCCAAGCCCCUACGCUCCCGCCGGCGCCGCCGCCAACCAGGGCCCCGGCGGUGGCAGCUUGGGCCCGGGUUUCCUGUUGGGUAGCUCGGCACUGGGCUCCGGUCCCGGCCAGGGCCCCGGGUCCGACUGCGGCGUUUCCGCGCAGCCGCCAGCGCCGCCGGAGCCGCCGCCGCCGCCGCCGCCACUGCCACCCUCAGCGACGGGGCUGGUGGCGGCGGCCGCGGGCGCGGUGGCGGGCGCGGGCGCGGGCGCGGGCGCGGGUGCGGGUGCGGGCAGAGCGGGAGCAGCAGGGGCGGGGCCGUGGGUGGGAGCGGCAGCGGCAGCGGGAGCCGGGGCCGGCGUUGACCGUUUGGCGGCGGUGGCGGCGGACCUAGGACUGGGCCUGGCGUCUUCGUUCUCCUCGCCAGGCGGCGCUGCAAGCCUAGGCGGCGGCGGCGGCGGCGCGGCCGCAGGUGGCGGCGGCGGCAGCGGCGCUACCGGGGCGCGGGGCACGGCCCGCGGUCACAGCCUGUCUCUGGCGUCCACGCUGCUGGGCGAGGCGCUGCACAAGGACUGCGGGCUGUGGAUCAGCGACUCCACUCUGUACCUGCAGGAGGCCAAGACCUUCCCACGUGACAUCGUGGUCUCACGAGGCAGUCGUGCCGUACACUCCAUUGUGGUGUGCGGCGGCCGCACCAGCGGCGGCGCAGGUGCGGCCGCCGCCGCCACCGCCGCCGCCGCCGCCUUCGGCGCCGCCGCUGCCGGCGGCGACACAGGCAGCCUCGGCGCCUUGGGCGGCCACAGCGGCGGCGGCUGGCUCGGCACGGCGGCGGGCGCGGGUACGGCAGCGGCGGCGGGCGGUACGGCAAUAGCGGAGGGCGGUACGGCGGCCAAAGGCCUGCCGGUCAUGGGCGUGUACUGCGUGUACGGCGCCGUACUGCCGCGACAGCUGCUGCGGGCGGUGGCGCUGGAGGUGGAGCAGAUGCUCAAGCUGCUGGGUCCCUCCGUGGCCGCCCGCCUGUCCAGCCCCCCCCUGCUGGACGAGUGGCUUUUCCUGCACGACACAGUGCUGGACCCCGCCCGGGUCGAGGCCGGAAAGCGCGCCCCACGCACCUCCGUGCCGCUCCUCGACGCCGCCUCCGGCCUCACCAACCCACAGAUCCCCACAGCCGCACCCGGAGGCGGUGGCGGCGGCGGCCUCGGCUUUGCGCCGCCCUCCCCGCCCGGCGGCGGCGCCUGCCCCGGCGGUGCCGCCAUGCACCCGCACGGUGUCGGUAACGGCAACGGGCAUGCAAAUGUGGAGGCGUGGCACGGCGUGCAGCGCAACUCGCCGAGCCCACUCCGCAGCCCCGGUCUCCACCACCUCCAUCACUUGCACCAGCAGCAGCAGCAGCAGCACCAGCAGCACCAGCAGCACCAGCAGCACCAGCCGGCGGCGCCGCCACACCUGCACCAGCACUACACGCCCGCCGCCGCCGCCGCCAGCCCCUCACACAUAGUGGCCGGCGCCGCCGCCGGCGCCGCCGCAGGCGCCGUCCGCAGCGGCGGCGGCGGCACUGGCACGGGUGCCGCCGACUGCUCGGCGGCGGCGGCGGCGACGUCGGAUCCGGAACUCGUUGUAAUGGCGGCGGGCAUGGUGGCGUUACAGCCCGGUGGCGGCGGCGGCGGCGGCGCCGCCGCCAAUGGUGGCGGCAGCAGCUACGGCGGUUACAGUGGUUAUGGCGGCGGUGACGGCAUCGUUGCUAACGGUUUCAUGCCCAGCCAGGUCGACGGCUCCGUGGGCCGCCGCCGCGCAGCGCCCAGCGUUGGCGGUAGCGACGGCCGGCCCAGCUGCGGCGCUCCGUCGCCGUCGGCGGCGGUGGCGGCGGCGGCGGCGGCGGCGGCGGCGGCGGCAGGCAGUAGCGCGCGCACGUGUGCCGCCGGCGACACAACCUUGGGAGGCGGCGGCGGACUGGGCGCAGAGGCAGCGGCGCUGCAGCACGACGGCGGCGCCGACGGCGACGAUGGCGGCGGCGGCGGCGGCGGCCGCCUCCGCCGCCGCGCCGUCAGCUCCCUCGGCGGCACCUACGCCGCCGCCGGUGGCGGCGGCGCCGUCACGGGCACCAGCCUAGCAUCGCUGCUGGCCUCUCAGGGUGUGGAGGGCGCGGCUAUGGGCGGCUUCAGUACUGCCGCCAUCACCAGCACCGGCCUCGCCACCAACGGGCCCUACAGCCCCAACGCCUGCCCCGUUGCGGUGGCGGUUGGCGGCGCCGCCGCCUUUGGCGGCGGCGGCGCCGCCAGCGGCGGCGGCGGCGGCGGCGCCAACACUCAGGAGCGCGUGCGCUCAUUACUAAUGACGCCGCCGUCGUUUACGGUGGAUCCGGUGCGCGGCAGUCUGGGCGGCGGCAUGCGGCGGGCGCCGCUUGUGUCGGGUCUGCAUGAGCGGCUGGCGGCGGCGCAGGCGAGCCGGCUGGUGCACGGCAGCGCGGUGGAGCACCAGGAGGAGUUGGCGGCCAUUGAGGUGCUGGAGAAGAUCGGCGAGGGCGGGUACGGCGAGGUGUACCGCGGCAUGUACGACGGCAUGGAGGUGGCCAUCAAGAUCGUGUACGAGCCACUGAGGGACAAGGACGCGCCGCCGUCCACCGCACUGCCGCGAGUGGCGGCGGCGGCCGCGGCGGGCCGCGGCGGCGCACACCCGCAGCACCAGCAGUCGCCGCUGGGGCAGAUGAUACAGGCCGCCGACGGAGCCGUGUCCUCCGCCGAUCUCGCCAACGGCGGCCCGGGCCCAGGCGGCCCCGGCACGGGCGGCACGGGUGCGGCCACGGCGGCCCACCGCAACCUACAUGACGCCUUCGAGCUGACUGUGGGCGUGUGCGUGGGCGCGCACCCACACAUUGUCCAGGUCCUCACCUUCUUCACGGAUGUGUACGUGCACGUGGACAAAGACCUGCCCUACGCCGCCCUCGCCAGCGUCACCCGACCCGCGCCGCGCAUACAACACCAGCCGCCCCAGCACCACCAGCAGCACCCGCACCAGCAGCAGCACCAACAUCAGCAGCAGCACCCGCAGCAGCACCCGCACCAACAUCAGCAGCAGCACCCGCAGCAGCAGCACCACCAGCACCAUCAGCAGCAGCACCCGCAGCAGCAACAGGCGGGCGCCGCAAGCCUAGCCGGAACGGGCGUGGUCAUCGGCAGCGGCGUGAGCAGCGCUGGUGGUGGCGGUGGUGCUGGUGGCAGUGGUGGCGGCAGUGGUGGCGGCGGCGGUGCGGGUGGCGGCGGCGGCGGCGCUGGUGGCGGCGGUGGUGUUGGGGUGGGAGCGGCGGCGGCGGGUGCGGCGGCGCUGCUGGCACGGGCGCGUCAGAGUGCGGGGGGGCCGCUGCGCGUGUCUCUGCUGCCGUACCCGUACGGCAACAACCUCACCUCCUGCCAGCUGCACACCCUGGACUUCCAAGCGGCCCACCUGGCCGACUACGCGGCGCUCCAGGCCGCCAUGGCCUCCAACGGCUCCGCGGCCGCACACGCCGUGGCGGGCUCGCCGCCGGCCAUGGUCAUAUGCAUGGAGUAUUGCGACAUGGGCAACCUCACUGACGCCAUCAUUCGCGGCGCCUUCCGCCAACCCACCAUCGGCCUAUACGGCUCCUCAGCACCCAACAUGAAGGCCAUCUUUGCCACGCUGCUGGAGGUGGCUCUGGCGCUGCGGCACCUGCACUCGCUGCGUCUGGUGCACUGCGACCUCAAGCCCACCAACAUUCUGCUUCGGUCAAGCCCGCGAGAUCCACGCGGCUUCACUGCCAAACUGAGUGACUUCGGCCUGGUGCGGCUGAUGGAGCCAUGCGGACCCGAGGGCCAGUUGGCAGUGCCCACCGGCGUCACCUCGGGCACCGUCACCCACAUGGCCCCGGAGGUGCUGGCCAAGGAGCGCGCCACGCCGCACGACUCGGCGCUCGACGUGUACGCUUUCGGCAUCAUCAUGUGGCAAAUGGCGUGCGGUGGGCGGCUGUACCCGGGAGUGGACCACGAGGACAUUCCGCGGCGGGUGGUGCGGGAGGGCAUGCGGCCGCGAUUCACCUCGUCAGUGCCGGGCGAGUAUAGGGCGCUGGCGGAGCGGUGUUGGGCCGCCAACCCCGCCUCCCGCCCCGCCGCCACCGAGCUGGUCACCAGCCUGAAGAAGCUCAUGGGUCUGGAGCCGCGGCUGGGCGGCGGCGGCGGACAGCGCCGCUACAGCGCCCUAGCGCCCGUGCUGCACCGGGCCAGCUUCGGAAGCCCCUACGGCGGCGGCGGCGGCGGCGGCGGAGGAGGAGGAGGAGGAGGAGGAGGAGGAGGAGGAGGAGGAGGAGGAGGAGGAGGAGGAGGAGGAGGAGGAGGAGGAGGAGGAGGAGGAGGAGGAGGAGAUGGGGCGUGGGGAGGUGGAGGAGGAGGCGGGAUGGGCGGCGGCGCUGGCGCGCCGCCGCAGGAGGGCUCCAAUCUGGGUCCCCGUGGCGGGUGGGGAGGAGGCGGAGGCGUGGUGGGAGGCGGAGGCGGAGGCGGCUGGGAGGCUGGAGGCGGCUGGGGCUGGCAGCCGGGCGGCGGCGGCUGGGGCGGCGGGGCCGGGAUGGCGGGUGGUGGCGGCGCGCGGGAGGGGGAGGGCGGGGCGGGCGGAGGCGAGGCGGCGAAGGCGGCGGCGGGCGGCGGCUCGAAGUCUAAAUCCCGUUCCACACGCAACCGCAGCUAUUCGUACAGCUCCUUCCCUUUGCACAUCCUCUAAGUACACGAGCCCUAUUACAACGAUACGGUGCGGUAACCUGGGCUGACGCGCUACUGCCCUCGCUCGCACGGCAGUAUUUGCAGUUUUGGGUGGGCCACUCAUUCAUUGAGCGAAAACGCGUUGUGGUUUCCCUUAAACAACAACAUGAUGCGUUUGUUUGGAGCAUUGACAUAUUUAUAUGUGAGCCGGUUGCUGAUGCGCCGGUGUGUUUGGGUAUGCGUUCUUGCGUGGCGGCUUAUCGGUGCUAUGGGAUGGGGCCGAAACCAACACGGGCUCACGUAUGUGUCGCGGCGAAUGUGUCCUAUAAAUGGAACAUUGUUGGCUGUUGCCAUGUUACUCACGCCAAGGUUUGGGACAGCAUUCAUGCUCGAGAUUCAGCACAAAUUCACGUGUGUGAGGACUGCUGCUGCAAGUAUGCGGCCUGCUGAGCACACACGCACGUGUUGCAGUUGAUGUGGGGCGCUGCACUCUCUGGUGCCGAGAGUGAGGCGUGUGCUGCUACCUACUAGGGUCCGAGUCUGCAGUAAUAAAUGUCACGCACGAUACCCACGCACGAUACCGGUAUAGCACGAACAGAAAACCCAAAUUACCGAUGACACCGCGUUUUCGUACGCAAUGCGUGUGUACCGUACGUGUGUGUGCUGAGAUAGAGCGAGGGAACACUCUCGGGGUGGGCCGCACGACGGCAGGCGGAUUACUGGCAGGUGGGGGCGGCGGCAUGUUGGGGCACGCUCGAUGCUGAUCCAAGGGCCUUCUGCAUGCAACGGCACGCGCCGCGCAGGCCUCGAUGUCACGCAGAUCACCUGAUUGGUGCUGAAGUUUACGGAAUUGCGUGGUCCAUACCUGGCGAUACAGCAGGUCUUUUGAGUACUGCGGAACUCACUGCGGUUGAGAAAUGAGGUCAGGCGUUGUAUUGCACGCUGAGGACGGAGUGACUGGGAAUGGAUAGGGUUGUGGGGGCGGGGGUAUGUGCGUUUGGAUUUGGUUGGUUAAAGUAGUUGGAGACUGCUGCUGCACACAUAUAUCCACGCUGCUGGCGAGCGAGGCCUCUGGGUAUCAUUGCAGCGGGGCCUAUUGGUACGUCUUGGGACUGUCUGAGGCCACACAGCCAGCGCAAUCAAGAAAGCCGCGGUGCCAUGAGAUGCUAUGGCACCGCGCAUGUACAUAUGCGAAGGCCUUUGCAUGUGCGGCUGUUGUGUACGGUAUGCGAGUGAUUCGGUGGGCGACGCAGUCAAUGGCCUCCAGCCAGAGAGUUGCAAGGGUAUUGUUGCUGCUAUGCGCUAUGGCGUUGAUCGUGGCACGCGAGCACAACAAGCACGUUGGCCUGCUGCUGAUUGAUAAGUUAAGGAACGAACAGCUGGCAUGUGGUCGUUCGUGUGCACAGCGAGCGCAUGCACGGCAGGGCGCCGUGCGCAUGUGCGCACGUGUCUGGGUGCGGUGGAUCCUGCUGGAUGUUGAAGGUCCAACUCGCUUGCCGCAACGGCAUCGCCAGGGCAUGCACUGUGCGUAGGCGGGUGGGAACGGAGGGAAAUUGAGUGCAAGGGAAUGGCGGUAUGGGGGUUUCUUGAGACUGAUGUUGGCUGGCUUACCCGCUGUGCACGUGUGUGGCAGCGAGUAAACAGCCUUGCUGUACGGUAGGUAUGUACGUAAGUCGGGCGGAGGCGCAGCAGCAGCAGCAGCAGGCGCAUCAUUGGCGUGAGGCCAGCAGUGGUGGGCCAAGUAGUCGUAGUGCUGCUGGAUGGAUCAUGGAUGGAUGUGCGAUGGAUGGCCCUGGCCUUACGGGGCCCGCCUGGAGAGAGACGGUUGGGCGGCCCCGCAAGCCGUGAGGGUGGAGGGAGGGGACAGGCAUCACUAUGAAAUAUGGAGAAGAUUCGGAGUCAGAGGCACAUGGCACGGUGGCAUGGAUGUGUCCGUUCUGGACUCAACACGACGACCUGAUGCAUGAUUGCAUGAACGAUGAGGUACAUAGGGAAUGCGUGCGGCGGUGAGCGUGGCCCGCGUAUAAUAUUAGAUUUCAUUCCCUGCACACGCGCGGGCACUACUUGAUUGCCUUGUUGCGCUAGCUAGCUGGUGUGGUUGCGUGGGGGGCGGGGCCCAUCGUUGCCGGAGCUAGGGGCGCCGUGCCGGCGCACGUGGUCGCUGCCUGGUUCGUUGCGCCGCCCUGCGGCGGCCCAGGCUGCUGGGUCUUCCCUACCUGCUCAACCGACCCUGCUGAUGAAGCUGUUCGGUGUCGAAGAUACGACGAUACGUUAAUGACGAGUGUGGUGGAUACGAAUGCGUACGUAGACCAGAGCGGACGGCGGAGUGGGCUUGCAGGCGGCACGAGAGUAGGCAGUCAGUAGCGCAAGUUGCGAAUUCACAUGUUACCUCGUAACCGACGGUAAACGCUGUGGACGGUCGCGCCCAUGGCUGGCUGACAGAAAGCGGCUGCUGUAUUGGGAUGGCUGGGCUGGACGACGGCGGCCGGGCGUUGCUUGGGACUACCAGAAAGGAUGCGCCCGAAACCAACCUGGAGAACACCAGCGCCACCGGUGCCCAGCACGACAUGUAUGGGAGGGAGGGAGGGACAGGAGGCGUGAUGCACUGCCGCGUAAAAGCUAUGGCGCUAGGCGCGAGGCAAGCAACGUGACCCCCAAAACAACCGCGAGGACAUGGUGCGCGAGUCGGGCUGCGGGCUGUGGCUGUGCGCUGCGUUGGGUGGAUAAACGAAGAACACUAAGUAUG